GGGAAUCAAGCAGUUUCAGAAAACAGACAAGUUUGUAGUGAAAUCCUAGUAAUUUCUGCUGGAAAUAGUGAUCCAAUCAGAGAAUCCAAAAAUGGGUUUCAAGCCAUGGAUUUGGUAUUGCAGGCCAGUGGAGAAUGGAGUUUGGGCAAAUCAAACAGAGAGUGCUUUUGGAUCAUACACGCCCUGUGCCUUAGAUUCUGUAGUGGGGUGUGUGUCCCAUUUGGUUCUUCUGGGAUUGUGUUUAUAUAGAAUAUGGUUGACUAAGAUGGAUUACAGGAUCCAGAGAUAUCGAUUGAGGUCAAAUUUGUACAAUUAUUUUUUGGCAUUGCUUGCUGGGUUUUGCGCUGCUGAGCCCAUGUUCAGACUGAUUUUGGGCAUUUCACUUUUCAAUCUGGAUGAACAGAGUGGUCUGGCUCCAUUUGAGAUGCUAUCAUUGGGUAUUGAGGCACUUGCUUGGUUCUCAUUAGUGUUUAUGCUGGGCUUGGAGACAAAAAUUUACAUUAGAGAGUUCCGGUGGUAUGUCCGAUUUGGACUAGUUUAUGUUUUGGUAGCAGAUGCUGUAAUGUUCAAUUUGAUAUUUUCACUGAGGGAUUUUUAUACAAGGUCGAUACUGUAUCUAUAUUGCUCUACACUUGUGUUCCAGGUUUUGUUAGGAGGGCUGCUUCUUGUUUAUGUCCCUCAUAUGGAAUCCUACCCUGGCUACAUCCCAUUGUCUGGUGAAUCUGCUGAUGAAAAUAAACAUGAAACUUUUCUUGGAGGAGACAUUUGUCCAGAGAGACAUGCCAAAUGGCUAGACAGCAUAUAUUUUGGAUGGAUGACCCCCCUCAUGCAGCAAGGUUACAAAAGACCAAUAACUGAUAAGGAUGUUUGGAAGCUGGAUUCCUGGGAUCAGACUGAGACACUGAUUAAAAAGUUCCACAAAUGUUGGGCUGAAGAAUCUCAAAGACCAAAACCAUUGCUUCUACGGGCAUUGAAUUGUAGCCUUGGAGGCAGGUUUUGGUAUGGUGGCUUCUUCAGGGUUAGACCAUUAAUUUUGCUUAUAAAUGUUACUCAUUCU